UUUUCCUUUUUUUUCCUGUUUUUUUUUUUAUCUUUGUCCCCCUCACACAUUUUCUUGGCCAUUAUGAACCGUCCAGCCCCUGUGGAAAUUACUUAUGAGAAUCUACGUUUCCUGAUCACUCACAACCCAACCAAUGCAACCCUCAGCAAGUUCAUCGAGGAGCUGAAGAAGUACGGGGUGACAACCUUGGUGCGAGUUUGUGAUGCCACUUAUGAUCAAGCUCCAAUCGAGAAAGAGGGAAUCCAAGUUCUAGACUGGCCGUUUGAUGAUGGAGCACCACCCCCCAGUCAGAUCGUGGAGGACUGGCUGAACCUUUUGAAAAGCAAAUUUCGGGAGGAACCUGGAUGCUGCGUGGCUGUUCACUGUGUGGCAGGCUUGGGAAGGGCUCCCGUUCUGGUUGCACUCGCUCUCAUUGAAUGUGGAAUGAAGUAUGAGGAUGCAGUUCAGUUUAUAAGGCAGAAAAGGAGGGGAGCUUUCAAUUCCAAACAGCUGCUUUAUCUGGAGAAAUACCGGCCCAAGAUGCGAUUACGCUUCAAAGAUGCCAACGGUCACUGCUGUGUUCAAUAAAUAAACACACAAAACACAAAAUGAUCUCAAAAGGAAGGCAGAAGUGAGCAGGGGGCUCUUCUGUGGACUCUUGGCACCUGGAAAUGUGAAUUUGGAAUGGAAAAAAGAAAAAGGAAAAAAAAAAAAUAAGUCAUCAAAUUAGUGGUGGAGUCAGCGUUCCUCAACCUCUGUCCUUAAAAAGAAAUAUUAAAUAAAAGGGUGAUGAUGAUUGAGAGAUAAAAAAAAAACCCAAAAUUAAAAAA